AUAAGUGCUGAUAUCCAAGUACAUACACUUUAAAGUAGAUAAGUAAUCACAACACGGAAAAACAGUCAGUCGUAAUAUGUCUAUUCAUAUAUAUUCUAUGCUAUCUAUAUUAAGUUAUUGUUAAUAAUAUUGUUAAAUAAUAUUUUUUUUUCUAAAAAAUGCCUGUAAAAUGCCCAGUAAGUAUCGCAAUAGCUAUUAUUCAUCCGAAUAUUGGAGGAUGGGCCGGAAGCUAUUUUUCUAGAAAAAAUAUUAAACCUUGGUAUGAGUCUUUGAAAAAACCAACAUGGACUCCACCAAACUGGUUAUUUGCUCCAGCCUGGACAACUCUUUAUUGCACAAUAGGAUAUUCUUCAUAUUUAGUAUGGAGAGAUGGUGAUGGUUUUAGAAAUGCAAUAUUACCUCUUUCUAUUUAUGGAACUAAUUUAAUAUUAAAUUGGUCUUGGUCACCAUUAUUUUUUGGGUUACACAAGAUAAAAUGGGCUCUGUAUGAAAUUAUAUUAUUAUGGGGAAGUACUGCAGCAAUGGGUGUGGCAUUUUAUAAUGUAAAUCCAUAUGCUGGUUGUUUGAUUAUUCCAUAUUUUGCUUGGACUACUUUUGCUACAGCAUUAAAUUAUGCAAUUUACAAGAAUAACAAACCAAGUAUUGAAGUAACUGCAAAUGAAAAGAAAGAAUAAUAUACUUGAUAUCUCUGUAUCAAAUAAUAUUAAUGUAGAUCAUCUAAUAAAAAUAAUAUUUUACUUUUUUUUUACAAUUA